AUGGAACGAGGCUCAUUCCAGCUGGCGGCCGAGCUCGGCGAGGUCCGGCUGCUGCUCUGCCCCCACGGGCACUUCGCGGCCAACGCGGAGACGCUGCGCGAGGACCAGGCGUCCUGCCCCACCUGUGGGGAGAAACUCGCCCAGAGCAGGGGGAUUGAGGUGGGGCACACGUUUUACCUGGGCACUAAGUACUCCUCUGUCUGCAACGCGGUCUUCUACUCCCCGGAGAACAAGCCCCAGCUGGCAGAGAUGGGCUGCUAUGGCCUGGGUGUUAGCCGCAUCCUGGCGGCCUCCAUCGAGGUGCUCUCCACAGAGGACAGCAUCCGCUGGCCCAGCCUCAUCGCUCCCUUCCAGCUCUGCUUCAUCCCCCCCAAGAGGGGCAGCAAGGAGGAGGAGGAGGAGGGAGCUGCCCUGCUGGAGCAGCUGUACCAGCAGGUGGCCGUGGCGCUGCCCCACCUGGGCAGCGAGGCGGUGCUGGAUGACAGGACACACCUGACCAUCGGGAAGAGGCGGAAGGACGCCGAGAAGCUGGGUUAUCCCUACGUGCUCAUCGCCGGGAAGAGGGUUUGUGAGGACCCCCCGGUCUUCGAGGUCUGGGAUCAGAACGCUGGCGAGGUUUUGUUCCUCACCAAGGAAGGUGUCGUGGAGCUGUUGAGUAAAGUGCAAGUCCCCUAA